AUGUUUGCCAAUCCUGGAAUGGAGCAGCUUGCCAUCCAGCAGCAGAUCGAGCUCUUGCAGCAACAGCAGCAGCAGAUCCAAGCUACACACCAACAAUAUGUCAACAUGGGCAUGCUCCCGCCGGGGCAGCCCCUCGCCGCCGGCGGUGCCUACAAUCCCUUACAGCCGGGCAUGACAAACAUGUCACCGCAAGCCGGCUUCCAGUUCCCCAACCAGCUACCGCAGCAGAACAUGGCUCCUCCCACCCAACCCCUGUCACAUCGUCGUAAUCAGUCGGCACUCCCGAAUAUGGGUAUGGGACCACCUCCGGCCCCGUCUUCUGGGGCGUCCGGCUCUGCGUUUGGCAACUUUGACAACUCGCAGCAAGCCCACGGCCGAGACAACGCCGCAUCUCGAGGAGGGCGAGGCGGCGGAGGCUCCGGUGGUGGUCAUCAGAGACGUCACUCCUUGGCAUUGGCUGAUGCCAAAAAGGCUGCUGAGAUUGCUCAGCAGAAACGUACCACGACCGGUUUCCAGUUUCCGGGACCUGGCGCUACUGGUGGUGACAAGCCAGAGGAGGAGAAUAGACCCCCUACUCAGACACCUACCGAUAGUCAAAUCGCCCAGGGCUCAACCACGAGAGGAGGUCGGGGCGGUGCGCACGGCAGGAGCCAGAGCAUGGCAGUCGGCCGUGGUGGCGCUGCCGGACGUGGUGGCUCCAUGCACUUCUCGACCGAGUCAACCGGCGGCCAAGGCGGUGAUUUCCCACGCCGUGGCAGCGGUCACGCUCGAACAUCAUCGCGCAAUUUCGAAGGCAACUGGCGCAACCAGGCUCAGAAUCAGGGCCAGGACCAGGCCAAUCUCAAUCAACCCCAGCAGGGAUUCCAGCCGGGGCACCGUCCCCGCGGUUCCAUGAACCAGUCCGUCAAUCUCAACAACUUUCAAUAUCCUGGACAGCCACAACUUGUUCAGAUGCCGGGCCAGAUGCUGAUUCCCGGAAUGUUCCCGGGUCAGCAACUGAACCCCAUGCAGAUUGGCCAGCUGCAGGCGCUUCAGGCUGCGCAGAUGAAUGGCCAAGGCUUUGUCGGUCUUCAGGGCAGCCAGCACGCUCCUCAACUGGCUGGACAGCAGCAGCAGCAGCAGCAGCAACGAAAGACGCUUUUCACUCCUUACCUUCCUCAGGCAACACUUCCUGCCCUACUCGGAGACGGCCAACUCGUCUCUGGAAUUCUGCGUGUUAACAAGAAGAACCGUAGCGAUGCUUAUGUGUCCACUCAUGAUGGUCUCCUGGAUGCGGAUAUUUUCAUCUGUGGAAGCAAGGACCGCAAUCGGGCCCUUGAGGGAGACCUUGUCGCAGUUGAGCUACUCGAUGUUGACGAGGUGUGGUCCCAAAAGCGCGAAAAAGAGGAGAAGAAGAAGCGAAAGGAUAUCACGGAUACCCGAACUGGUUCCACUAAUGGUGGCAGCCAGAACAACAACGGUGAUGAUAGUAACAACGCGGAAGGUGGUAUUCGCCGCCGAGGCAGUCUGAGACAACGCCCAACACAGAAGAAGAAUGAUGAUGUGGAAGUCGAAGGUCAGAGUCUUUUGCUUGUUGAAGAGGAAGAGAUCAACGACGAGCAGAAGCCGUUGUAUGCAGGCCACAUCGUGGCUGUCAUUGAGCGUGUUGCCGGCCAGAUGUUCUCCGGUACACUUGGUCUGCUCCGACCAAGCAGCCAGGCUACGAAGGAGAAGCAGGAAGCUGAGCGUGCUGCUAGAGAUGGUGGUGGCCGUCAAGACAGCCGCCAGCAAGAGAAGCCCAAAAUCGUCUGGUUCAAGCCCACAGACAAGCGAGUGCCUCUCAUUGCCAUCCCCACAGAGCAGGCGCCCCGCGACUUUGUCGAGAAGCACCAAGACUAUGCUGACCGCAUCUUCGUUGCGUGCAUCAAGCGUUGGCCUAUCACAUCGCUCCACCCCUUCGGUACUCUGGUCGAGCAGCUCGGUAGAAUGGGUGACCUGAAGGUCGAGACUGAUGCUCUUCUUCGAGACAACAACUUUGCCUCCGACGAAUUCUCCGAGGCCGUGCUGCGAAGCGUCGGCCUCCAGGAUUGGUCACUUGGGAAGGAGGACGAGGCAGCUAUUGCUGCCCGUCGUGAUUUCCGCACUGAGAAGUCCUUCACUCUUGACAUGGAUGGUUCAGUCGAGCUCGGCAAUGCGAUUCAUCUCAAGACUUUGCCGGACGGAAAGCUUGAAAUUGGUAUCCAUGUCCCUGAUGUCACUCACUUUGUAAAGGCCAACUCGUUGGUCGACCGUGAAGCCAAGAAGCGCGGCACUGCUGUGCAUCUUGUGAACAGAUUCUGCGCUAUGCUUCCACCAAAGCUGUCCAGCGAGGUCUGCUCCCUCACUCCAGGCCAGGAGCGUCUGACCGUUAGUGUGGUGUUCAACGUCAAUCCACACAACGGCCAAGUUGCAGAUAGCGAUAUCUGGGUUGGAAGGAGUAUUAUCAAGAGCGGUGGCAAGAUCACCCUGACUGAAAUUGACGAGGCUCUUUCUGGCCAGGGAUCCUUCAAGCACAGCACUGUUCAGCUCAAGGAUCUCCAGAUUCUGAACGCUGUUGCCCAGAAGUUUCGGGAAGCGCGUUUGGGCGCGGGCGGCGAGCCAAUCGCCCCGCUGCGUCUCCUCCAGCAACUUGAUGACGAGAACAUUCCUAUCAAGCACAACAUCUUCGAUUCUACUUCCGCAACUGAGCUAGUAGAAGAGAUUACGCACAAAGCGAACGCGUAUGUCGCUCAGCGUCUCGCUCAAGCUCUUCCAGAGAAGGCCCUUCUGCGUAGACAAGGGGCGCCUAAUCAGCGCCGUCUGCAGACUUUUGCGGAUCGGAUGACGGCCUUGGGUUACGAGAUCGACAGCUCCAGCAGUGGCGCUCUUCAGAACAGUCUCUUCAAAGUUGACGAUACCGAUAUUCGAAAAGGUAUGGAGACAUUGCUGCUAAAGACAAUGCACCGUGCCAAGUACUUUAUCGGAGGCAAGACUGUGAAACAGCUGUGGCCGCACUAUGCUCUUAACCUACCACUAUACACUCAUUUCACCAGCCCAACCCGGCGGUACGCAGAUGUUAUUGUGCAUAGGCAACUUGAAGCUGUCCUUUCCGAAGGCAAGAUCGAGUACAAUGACGAUCUGGAGAAUCUUGUUAAGACGAUCGAAUCGUGCAACACCAAGAAAGACUCGGCUCAAAAUGCCCAGGAACAGAGCAUUCAUAUUGAGUCCUGCCGCAUCAUGGAUAGAAAGAAGCAGGAAGUCAACGGCGAUCUCAUCAGCGAGGGUAUCGUAAUCUGCGUAUAUGAGUCAGCAUUCGACGUCUUGAUCCCUGAGUGGGGCUUCGAGAAGCGCGUCCACUGUGAUCAGCUUCCACUAAAGAAGGCUGAGUUCAGAAAGGAGAAGAGGGUUCUUGAGCUUUACUGGGAGAAGGGCGUCCCUAGUUCGGCUUACGUCCCAGAGGAUGAGCGACCGAAAGCUGCUGCCUCUGUCAGGAUGUCAAACGCCAUGGCAGCUCAACGACAGGCUGAAGAGGCCGAGCGGGUCAGGAAGGAACGCGAGGAAGCUGCCCGCAAGCAGACUGAGACCGGGACCAUCUCGACGGAUGAUGUCGAUGCCCUCUUUGAUGACGACGAUGACAACGCAUCAGACAUCACCGAGGCAAUGGCAGGCGCUUCCCUAGCUGAACGGCCGACACAGAGUGUGCCGGGCUCACCGACUCGAUCCUCGUCAACUGCAGCCGGCAACUUGCACCGCACCAGAUCCGACUCCAAGGCGCCAAUCACGGAGGCUCCAGAGACACGCCUGACAAACAAAGAGAAGUAUCUCAAGCUCUUCAAGCUAAGAGAAGAAGGCGGCGAGUACAUACAGGACGUGACUGAGAUGACACGCGUUCCGGUCAUUCUGAAGACGGACCUGUCUAAGAGUCCGCCUUGUUUGACCAUUCGCUCUUUGAACCCAUAUGCGCUGUAA